CCUGUGCGUCGUCGCGGCACGCCGUAGUCGCGCAGCGCUGGGCGCGGGCUAACCAUGGCGGAGGUGGGCCGGGCUGCUGUGCGCGACCCGGGUGCGCUACUCCCGGGGGGCUUCUGGGCGGCGGUGGCCGUGUGGCUGGAGAGGCCGCAGGUGGCCAACAAACGGCUGUGUGGCGUCCGUCUGGAGGCCCGGCGGAGUGUGGCGUUGCCCCGGGCCGCUGCGGGACCCCGCCCUCGCUCCCCCGGCGAGGGCCUGGGUCCCGGGCAGACUACAGGCCCGGCGCGGGGCACCGCGAUUCGCGGGCCCGGGGAAUCGCAGCCCCGGCACGGGCAAAGGGAGAACCGCAGGGAAGCGGCCGCCGCGGCUCGGCUCGCAGGGGGUUCCGGGCCGGCCGGCGAGGCUGGAGUCGGGGAGAGCGAUUUCCCUGCCUCGGAUCUGGAUUCUCUCUGGGACGCUUUCUCUCAGAGCCUCGACGGCGGCCAUCCAGAGCUGCUGGCCUUCCUUAGCGGGCCCGCGGCGGGAUCUCAGCCGGAGGCGCCGAGCGAGCUCGCCGUGGUUCUCAGAACUCUCAUCCCGAAAACAGGCCCUCGCUGCCCGCUUGCUGUCCCGAGGAGAGAACUAGUCGUGCAAGAUGUCCUCAAUGGAACUGUAACUUUUUUACCUUUGGAAGAAGAUGAUGGUGGGAAUGUAAAGGUUGAGACGAGCAACGUGUAUCAAAUCCGGCUCAGUCAGAGCCAGGAGGAAUGGUUCAUAUCUAUUUUAAUUUUCUGUCCAGAAAGAUGGCAUUCAGAUGGCAUCGUUUAUCCCCAGCCCGCCUGGCUGGGAGAAGAGCUGCUGGCCAGGUUGGCCCGGUGGUCUGUGGAGAGCAAGAAGAGCGGAUUUAAAAGCACCCUGUCCCUCAUUUCCAUCAUCAAGUACAGCAAAACAUACCAGAUGCUUAAGGAGAAGUAUAAAGACAUGGUCAAGGUGUGGCCCGAAGUAACCGAUCCUGAGAAGUUUGUGUAUGAAGAUGUGGCUAUUGCUGCAUACCUGCUGAUUUUGUGGGAAGAAGAAAGAGCUGAACUGGGCUUGACCACCAAGCAGUCCUUUAUUGACUUAGGAUGCGGGAACGGUCUCCUGGUCCAUAUCCUGAGCACCGAGGGGCACCCAGGCAGAGGGAUCGAUGUCCGGAGAAGAAAAAUCUGGGACAUGUAUGGACCACAGACUUGCUUGGAGGAAGGUGCAAUCACCCCAAGUGAUAAGACCCUUUUCCCUGACGUUGAUUGGUUGAUUGGUAACCAUUCCGAUGAACUGACGCCGUGGGUACCCGUCAUUGCAGCCCGGUCCUCCUAUGGCUGCCGUUUCUUUGUCCUUCCCUGCUGCUUCUUUGACUUCACCGGGAAGUACUCCCGGAGGCAGAGCAGGAAGACUCAGUACCGAGAGUACCUUGAUUUCGUCACAGAAGUGGGACUGGCCUGCGGGUUUCACGUUGAGGAGGACUGCCUGCGCAUCCCGUCAACCAAAAGGGUUUGUCUCAUUGGGAAAUCCAGAACAUACCCACCUGCUAGAGAAGUUUCCAUGGAUGACCAGAGAACCCAGUACAUUAACAGCAGGCGGGGCCGCCCCGUGAGCCCACCCAGCGAAGUGUCUGUCCCUCCUCCACCCCGGGCCACAGUGGGACAUGCAGAUCACCCUGACGGGCACCAGACCUUGGACACCGGGGCUUCCACAGGAAGGGCGGAGAUCCAGGCUGACCAACUCUGGCUGUCCGGAUUUCAGCCUAGAGAGAAAGUUGAGCGCGUGAGGAACUGUGCCACCCUUCCUCGAGAUUUUAUUGACCAAGUGGUUUUGCAAGUGGCACAUUUGCUGUUGGAUGGAGAGCAGUUAAACACAGGAAGCGCUUCCAGCAGCAGCUCAAAGGCCUGGAACCGAGGAGGAAGCCUCUCCUUGGCGGAAGUGGCCCAUGAGCUGGCUGGGGAGACACUGCAGAGGUUGAAGCGGGAGUGUGGAGGCCUGCAGACGCUGCUCAGAAACAACCAUCAGGUGUUUGAAGUUGUGAACGGGAGAGUUCACAUUCGCGACUGGAGAGAAAAGAAGCUACAGAGGCAGCCGCACUCGGAAGCAAAGCGAAGACUCUGCUCGGAAGCUUUCAAGACCCGCAUGUGCUGGUUCUACAGUCACCACCCCGAUGGCUGUGUUCUGCCUUCAGACAGCUGCCCGUUUGCCCACGGGCCAGCAGAGCUGCGGCCGCCCCAGACACCCAAGAGGAAGAAGCCAGUUCUGUGAGCUGCUUCCGCCAUGUGCGAGGGGCACACCCUGGCUCCCUUGGGGACUGCAGACUCUGCAGGUUCGGGUGACUUCCUCUGGAUUCCCCUGUAAUGUGGCCUGUUAGUUACACUCACACCAGACGCUGCAGAAGCUGGUGUCCCUCCUGCAUCCACCCCUGAGUCAGUGCUGGUGCUGUGUUGUAAACGAGGUCACACCUGUGCUUAGCAUCUUUAUUCCAGAAAGAGCACAGGAGCACUUGGAGCAUCUCAUUGUCUCGAAAGUGAGGAAGUGCCUGGACCAUCUGGCCCCUCUCGGGAGCUUCUCUCGGGAGCUUGGCUCGGGCUCGCUAGACUCGUGGCUGAGAGCGAGCUCACCCCAGGAGCACAGCCGGUCCUGUCAUGUCUUCAGCUAGGUCGUACUAGGUGAUAGGAAAGAAAAUCCUAAGUGAUACCCAACAAGGCCAGAAAAUCUAAAGAUCACAGAAAGCGAAAACCCCCUUGCCGUCCCUCUCUACUAGACCUCCCCAGAAGUGCUGUCAGCGGAUCUUUUGGUUCUGGAGAAAAAAAAAAUCCCCUAUAUGUUUCUGUUCGAAAUUAUUUUUUCAGUUUUACAUAAAAGGUCAUGUCGAUGUGCAUUGUCCUGCCCUUCCUUUUCUGCAUGCCAUGCCCUGGUGACUUCUGCAGUGCGGUAUUCCGCGGUGUGGGUAUUCUCGCUUUGCUCGUGACCAUGAGAAUGAACUUUUCCCUUUCCUUGAGAGGCGCCUCCGCUCGGUGCAGCACAUGAGUGCCUGACCAGCCGCAGCCAGGUGGGGCCUGCGGCUGUGCCUGCCUCCCUUGCCCAGUGUGGUGGGCGUGUUCCUCCCCACCCCCAGCCUCUUCCCUGCAGGAGGCUCCCGGCAGAAAGUCCUGGUGCCAGUGGCUGCUGUGGUGCCCCUUGGGCUACGAUUGGCAUGACCGGUGCACAUGGAGCUGCUCUGAGCCAUGAGGUGGGGGGCCUGAUGCAGAGGCCCCUCUGGCCAUGUUUGUGGGGGAUGCCCGGUGUGGGCAACUGUGGCUGGCUGAGCAGAAGGAGAAAGUCCCCAGCUUCUCAUGGUGGCCGUGAGCUGGGUUAGCCCAUGCUGGGGCUGUGGCCUCCCUGCCUCUGACCUCAGCUACGGCCACCAGGGGUCUUCAUCGGCGUGACACCGGUGAGUGGAGGUCUCCUGUGCACUUGCUGCCUGACGCCUCUGGGACGAUUCCCCGCAAGACAAGCCCUGGUCUCUCUGCCUUGGGCUCAGACCUGGGGCAACCUCCCAUUCCCUCCUCUCAAAAGGGGAGCCCCUUCUAAGGGGUGAAGUGGGAGCCCUGGGACUGGUCUUUGAGGGCGCACAGCUGCCGCUGGCCAGGCUCUGGUAGCCCACAUGUGUCCACUUCACUUUCCAACUGAGGGAGGGCUACUAUGGCGGCCACAGCAGCCUGGACCUGCAGGCUGUGCGCCUGUCCCUGUCGCCAGCCCUGGAGCUGCUCGUCUUGGAGUGGGUGGGCUGGCCCUUGGGGAAAUAAGCGGCCCCACAAAGUCUUGAGGUGGAUGCUUUGCCCUGAAAAACAUGCAUCUUGGCUAGGAUCAGGGGUGGGUGUUGGAUGACCUCAGCUCUCCUAGGUGCCCCCGGGUUAUGCCUGUCCCAAGGCGGGUGGCCAAGGGUCCUGCCAGGCUGGGUGCUGUGCUGCAGGAGGACAUGCCCUGCCUCAGAGACUCCCUGCGUGCCACUCUGGGCAGCAGAAGUGGCCCACUAAGCCGUGUCACCCGGACCUUUCUUGGUUGCAGGUACUCCUUCUUAACGGCCACCGGCACCGUGUCCCUGCCCAGAGGUCACUGUUACAUCUAGUGUUCCACUCUUAUGGCAUCACAGCACACAUGUCCACAGGAUUGUGUGGCUGGAGUGUACAGGAUGGGAGUGACAAAGAGUCCCCGAGGGAGGGUCCUGGGGGCAUGGACAGGGGAGUGGCCUCUAGCCUGUCUGCCCUCCUCUACCUGCUCUGUGCCCCUGGCCAGCAGGGGUCCACUCCCACCUCUGAGGUGACCCCCACUUACCUCUCCCUGUUAGACCUGUCACCCCCUCAAAGGGGAUUGGAAGGUGACACUGUGCUUCUAUUUUCCACUACCCACUGAGGGCCACCAUGCAGGGGCAUAGCUGCCACAGCAAACUGACCCAGGGCCCCCGCAGGAGGACCCUGUGUCAGGGGGACAGCCCAGCCUGGAGAGGCUGAGAGCUCAGAGUGGGCAGGCACCUCCCUGGGGGGGUUCUCAUGGGCUUUGUGGUCAGGGAGAGGCAGCUCAUUAGAAACAUAUUUAAGUCAGGUGAAUGGUGGGUCUUCCAGCUCCUGGUUGACUUCUUGUCACCUGGCUCUAACCCCCGAAACGGUUUUCAUGGUUGUUUGGCACGACCUGGCACACCGUCCUCAUGGCCCUGGGUCCAGUGGGGACACACAGCUUUGGCAAGGCCCAAGGUGGUGAGAGGCUGAUGGCCCACAGAGGGUACCCCCUUGGUGCCUCCAGCCCUGUUGCUCUUGAUGACAGAGUAUAACCACUGUUGUGUUUAAACCCUGCCACCCUGUGGUGUGUCAGUGACCCAGUGCCACAGUGAGCAGGCUGUCCCUCAGGCCAGGUGACUUGCGCAAAGUCAUGGUGAGUAGCUACCGGGAGCAGGGUUCCAACCUGGCUCUGGCUUCUUCCAGGAGGCUCUUCCUUAGCAAGGUCCUUGACUGGAGGGGGCACCUGGGGGCCUAACUGGUCAGGUACUGGCAUCUCAUCUGCUAGUUAGGGCUUGUGCUGCUGGCCUCCCCGUGUCGGUGCUGAAGCAUCCUUGUCUGCAAGACGUCUGGAAACGGCGGAAGACAUGAGAGCAGCUGUUGAGGGCUCUGCCGGCCAGGCUCCUGGCAGGAGCUUGGCCCCCUGGCUCCUGUGUGUCAGUCGUGGUGGCGCAUCAAACCCCAGACCUUUGGGCCCUUCCUGGCGGCUCCUCUAAUGAAUGGAGGUGAAUCACUCAGGGCCACAACUGGGAGGCUACUUGAAACCACACAGUAAUCCAUCUGGCCUUUGUUGCUCCCGGAGGACCUGGCCUCCAGGGCUUCUUGGGUAAUUAGCAGUCUAGGGACUUUUAAUCCAAAGAGGCCACAGCAACCUUUGUGGCUGGCCUCCAGCCCCCCUCUUGCUCAAUGAUUUAUCCAGGUGAGGGCCUUGGGAGCAUCUGCCAACUUGUGUGAUUCCGUGGUCUCCCCCUUGAGCUGUCCACAUGGUGCAGGGAAUAGGGGACUAGAAGGCCAGUAUGGCUGGGGUGCUGCUGGACAGCUGGAGAAUACUGUGGGUGGGGGGAAGGAGCCGCACCCUGAGUGGAAGUGGAAAGAUCUCCCUGGGCCAGGUGUUUAGCAAACACUUAACAAAGCCCCUCUGGUGGGCCAUGCCCUGAGCUGGCACUGGGAAUGGAGGUGGUUCCUUCCAGAAUGGCCAAGGGGUGCUGGACUGGCAGGAGUGCUGGAGCAGGGCCCCGUGUCCUGGCAGUGACAGGCUGGAUUCCAGGAAGAGAGAGGCCAUCCUGGGUGGCCGGGCUGGGGGGAGCAGGGCAAGGGUGGCCCCCGAAGAGUCACAAACUGGCAUGCACUCUACCGCCCCUUACAUUGCAUUUCUAAUGGCUGGUCGGGAUUUACAGUUCAUGUCCUUCACAUGUCAUUGUCUACCUUUGAUCAAUAUUAAAGCCACUUCCAGAAUAGGCAGAAGCCUCCCCAGUGACGUCAUGCCAUUUACAUGCCUCCUGUUCUUUGUGCUGUUGUUAUCAGGCAUUUUAUUUCUCAUGUUGUAAACCUAGGAGCACAGUGUUGUUGCUGUUGCCUGAGACAGUCCAUUAACUUUUAAACAUUAAAAGGAAAAAAUUUUAUAUUUACCCACAUAUUUACUAUUUCUUGUAUUUCACAUUCCUUCCUGUCCAUACCAAUUUCCAUCUGGUAUCACUUCCUUGCAGCCUGACGAUCUUCCUUUAGCAUUUCUUGCAGCAAGAGUCUGCUGGUUAUCUAAUCAUCUAUCUUUAGUUUGCCUGAAAAAUGACAUUUUUUUUUGGUUCUCAUUUUUGAAAAGUAUUUUUUUUAAAGAUUUUAUUUA